CUCAAGACAAACCCCUCACUUUCGGUUAUCGCAACCAACUAUUUUCAUUUCAAAGGUCAUAUCCUCCUUCUCUUCUUUCCAUCAAUAAUUUCUUCACGCUCCUUCUCUAAAAUGAUGUUCAAGAGUUCUAUCCUUGCUGCGGCAGUUGCUUUCUUAGCUGUCCUCUCAGUCGCUCCUUCUACCGAGGCUCACGCCAGCAUGCGGUACCCCUGCACCCGCGGAAACCCUGCCUGUCGUUCGGCUCUUGCCAAGGGCCAGUCAAUUGAUUACAAUAUCAACUCCCCCAUUGGCGUCCACAGCCGCAAGGACGCUCCUCUUUGCAAGCAGAAAGUCCCUUCGGCUAUCCGUACGAAGGUGCGGGCUGGUUCCAACUUGAAGACCACUUACUCUGUCGGUGCUUCCCAUGGAGGUGGACAUUGCCAAUGGGCCCUUUCAUACGAUAACGGUAAAACCUGGAUUGUGCUUAGGACAAUGUUCCGUGACUGCCUCAAAGGUGUCAAAGGUGGCGCUCCUUACUCUGUCUCGGUCCCAAUUCCUAAGGAUGCUCCCAACGGCAAGGCUACCUUCAUGUGGUUGUGGAACAAUGCCAUCGGUAACCGUGAACUUUAUUCCAACUGCGCUGAUAUCACAGUUACCGGUGGCAAGAACGGUGGCAAGCUCAAGGGUGUUGCUCCUCUGAUUGCCAACUACGGCAAAUCCUCUCUCUAUAUCCCCGAGUAUCCUUUCGGUGGUUCUGACAAGAGAUCUGAAUUCGCGAAGCGCAAGUCCAUCACCAUUACUGUUCCCAAGAGCAAGUAAAAAAAAAAAAAAAGCCUCACAUACCAUACCUCUCCU